GCUGUUAGUUCCAUUCGAUACAUCGCUGCAGGAGGUAGUAGUAGCACCAUUAGAAGCAGGGCAACCGAUUGAUGUUACCGGGCGUUUCACGACGUUGUGUGAAGUACUGUGCACAGUCGCAAGUGUUGUUUUGCACCUAAAUUGUGCCAUUGUUAGCACCGUGAGCGUUGCAGAUCUUGUGCCACUUAGGUCGCUGGACUCGCACAGAUCAACACCAUCAUGCCGCCGAAAGAUGAUCCGGAAGUUGCGGCGUUGAAAAAGGAGAUCAAUGAUAUGAUUGCCAAGUUCAAGGAGGAACAGAAAAAGGCCGCCGACUGUGCGCUGUUCGACAAGUGCGGCGACAUGAGCGACGUGCCGAAGGUGCGCAUCUCGACGAAAAAGUUUCUGAAAGGACACAUCAACAAGGUCAAUUCGGUGCAUUUUGCCGGGGACUCGCGGCACUGCGUUACCGGUUCGCUAGACGGGAAGCUCAUCAUCUGGGACACUUGGACGGGAAACAAGGUACAAGUAAUACCUCUCCGGUCGGCAUGGGUCAUGAGUGUGGCCUACGCCGAUUCUGGUAACUUUGUGGCGUGCGGUGGCAUGGACAACAUGUGUACGGUAUACGAUCUGAACAAUCGCGACGCGCAAGGCAAUGCGAAGAUCGUGCGUGAGCUGGCCGGAUACGAGGGUUUCCUCAGCUCCUGCCGGUUCCUUGACGAUACACACAUCAUUACCGGAUCGGGUGAUUUGAAAAUCUGCGUCUGGGAUUUGCAAGCUGGCAAGAAAACAUCCGAGUUCGAUGCCCACGCUGGUGACGUCGUGUCGAUUUCGAUGAGUCCGGAUAAGAAUACGUACGUGACCGGAUCGGUCGAUCGUACCUGCAAGCUGUGGGAUGUGCGAGAAAACACGCCGAAGCAAACAUUCUUUGGCCAUGAGGCGGAUGUGAACAGUGUUAGCUAUCAUCCGAGUGGAUUUGGAUUCGCUACUGGUUCCGAGGAUAAGACAGCCCGUUUGUUUGACUUCCGAUCUGACCAACAGAUUGGGCACUACGAGCCACCGAAUCGCAGCAGUGGCUUCACUUCUUGUGCUCUGUCGCUGAGUGGCCGCUAUAUUCUGUGUGGAUCCGAUGACAAUAAUAUUCACAUUUGGGACACCAUGAAGGGACAACACAAUGGUACACUAAGUGGCCACGAAAAUCGGAUUACAUCGAUCAGCAUGGCACCGAACGGUAUGGCGCUGGCAUCUUGUAGCUGGGAUCAGCACGUACGCGUUUGGGUCUAGACUGCCCCCGGAAAAACCACUUGUCGGCUUUGAUUUACGAUCGCCCCUAGCGACACACGUUUAUGUUUUUGAGGUCAUCCUCUAGCUGCAUCCUCUAGUUGUGCUAUCUGUCUCAAUUUCCACUCCCUACUUACUAAUGUAGUGAACUAAAAGAUAAAGUAAAUAAAAAGGAAACAAACACAUCA